AUGUUCAUAUUAUUUACUAGCAUUUUAUUUCUAUUGAUUCAUCAUGGACAAUGUGCCAUGGAAGCUACAGCUGAUGUUCGAUUACAUGGUACAUCAACAUCAAUUGGAAUAUUGAACUUUGUUCAAAAUGAUGCUAAUUCACCUGUACGAAUAACUGGUACACUAACAUCAUUGAGUGCUAGUAGCAAUCAUGGUUUUCAUGUUCAUACCAAUGCUGUAGCAGAAACUACACCGAAUUGUGUGGAAGCUGCUGGCCAUUUUAAUCCUUACAAUACGGCUCAUGGCCCUCCUCAAACCGAUAUAUGGCACCGACAUGUUGGUGAUCUUGGAAAUAUAACAACGGAUGCAAGUGGUGCAGCACAUAUUGAUAUUAGUGAUAAUAUUAUUCAAUUUUAUAAUUCCACACAAUCAAUUGCUAAUCGAACUAUUAUAGUACAUCUUAUGUUUGAUGACGGUGGCUUCGGUAUGAAUGAGAGUAAUAUAACUGGAAAUGCUGGUGCACGAGUUGCUUGUGGUCUUAUUAAAGUAAAAUCAAAUGGAAUAAAUAUUAAACCAAUUACAUCUAUGUUAUUUUUUACAAUAAUGAUUAUUGUUAUGAUACGCUUCGAGUGA